AUGGCUUCAUCUACGCCCCCUGGCGGGAUCUCGGUUGGUGUGAGAGACCACAACACCUACACCAGCGCCCCUGGCGGGAUCUCGGUUGGUGUGAGAGACCACAACACCUACACCAGCGCCCCUGGCGGGAUCCCAGUUGGCGUGAGAGACCACAACACCUACACCAGCGCCCCUGGCGGUAUCUCGGUUGGUGUGAGAGACCACAACACCUACACCAGCGCCCCUGGCGGGAUCCCAGUUGGCGUGAGAGACCACAACACCUACACCAGCGCCCCUGGCGGGAUCCCAGUUGGCGUGAGAGACCACAAUUCCUACACCAGCGCCCCUGGCGGGAUCCCGGUUGGUGUGAGAGACCACAACACUUACACCAGCGCCCCUGGCGGGAUCCCAGUUGGUGUGAGAGACCACAACACCUACACCAGCGCCCCUGGCGGGAUCCCAGUUGGUGUGAGAGACCACAACACCUACACCAGCGCCCCUGGCGGGAUCCCAGUUGGUGUGAGAGACCACAACACCUACACCAGCGCCCCUGGCGGGAUCCCAGUUGGUGUGAGAGACCACAACACCUACACCAGCGCCCCUGGCGGGAUCCCAGUUGGUGUGAGAGACCACAACACCUACACCAGCGCCCCUGGCGGGAUCCCAGUUGGUGUGAGAGACCACAACACCUACACCAGCGCCCCUGGCGGGAUCCCAGUCGGUGUGAGAGAGAUACCACAACCCUACGUGGCUUACCAUAUCGGUAGUCACUUCCGGCUGGCGGUCAAUGGCCAGUGA